AUGAACGGCGGUCCAUCGACGACUGCGCGCUUCGCCGCGUCCGGAGUGCCAGAGUCGGCUGCGCUGCCCGCGGCUUGCGCCCUGCGUGCCCCGACCGGCCGGCAGCCUAAGUGCGCGCGCUGCCGUAAUCACGGUCGCCGUCGGCUCGUGCGCGGCCACAAGCGCCACUGUCCCUUUCGGGAGUGCACGUGCGAGAAGUGCGAGCUCAUUGCCGAACGCCAACGAGUCAUGGCCAAACAGGUCGCCCUGAGAAGGGCCCAAGCAGCGGCUGAAUCGAGGGGCAACCAGCUGAUAACCGAUGAAGAAGAAGAUGGAGAUCAGUUGCCAGGCAACCCUGUGCACGUCGCCCCUCCAUCCCAGUGGAGCUCGGGCGAUGUCAUGAUGCCCGACCAGACGUCGUCAUUUGCACAGGAAACGUCCACAUGUGUUACUGUAGGUAUCCUGGAGGACAUUAGACAGCGUCGAUAUGUGCAAGAGGCCAUCGCCUGCCUCUCCAACGCUCUCGCUGUGUCUGGUGCUGAUGCGUCGCCCCUCCUUUACCUCUACGCGCUCCUGCGAGAGACAAACUUCAGCGUCGAUCGUGCUUUUGCCCGGCUACUAGAAGCUCGCCUCGAGGUCCAAUCACUGGCCAUGCACGAUUCGCUCCAAAAACCGCCAGCCAGUCCAGCUGUCACGCCGGCUCUGCACAUGUGGACUAGGGUGCCCUGCCAGCCAUGCUCAGCCCCUGCCGCCACCAGCCUGCUGGCGAUGCCUAGUUUGCUGUCACCCGGCCUCCCAGGGACGCUACAGCAAGCUGUUCCCAUGAGCGUCUGCACCCGUCCGUGCGCGCCUACUGCGCACAGCUGCGCCCUAGCCGCUUCUCUGGCUGAGCGGCCCUGCCCGGAGGAUCGCGAGAGAUGUCGUUCAAGCAGCAGCGACUCAUCGGGCGACGAAUUGGUCCUGGAUGUGGACACUGAGCAGGAGCCGACUUUGAAAUGUUGAAUGAAGGUGUCAUAUAACGGCAGCAAACUGUGCGCUGCUGCACGCAGCUUGUAGCAGUGUAUUGAGCUGCAGCUUUCUAUUACUUUUUGAAGUACACUGGUGUAUGAGUAGCGUACAUGGCAACCUUUUAUAGCAAGCGUCCACUGUCCUCCAGUAAGCAGAUGCAAGCAGGUAACAAAGGAUUCCGUGAGAUGCACCAGGCUUAGUUCUUGUGAAAUUUGAUGAGUAGGCGGACCUUCUUGUCUCGCGUUUAGAAGCACUGUGGGUGGGCUUAAUAGAUGCGGAAUGCUAAACAUAUCCAACAAAUUUUAACCACUGCUUUUUUGUGUACUCAAUUGCUUCUGAGGUGUAGCGAAACGCAGAGUA